AUGCCCCGUCCAAAACCACCACCGACUCCUUCAGGCUCUACUGACUUGACUGCCAAAGAGCGCAGUGACAUGGAAGCAGCCUUUGCGCUGCCCCCGCCAGCCAUGAACCAAAAGCCCCUGCCCAAGAUGUCCCCGCCUAUGUCCCCUCAAGAGAAGCCGCUCGGCUCCAGUCCACAACGCAAGCGCACCCUCUCCGGCUCCCACAAGUCGAAAGAAGACUUGAACGCCAUGCAGUACGAGCUGCCUCCCCCGCCCAGCCGUGCCCGCAAGAUCAUCCAGAUGAAGCCCAAGACAGGCUCAAUCUCCUCGGCCUCUCCACCAGAGCCUUCGCCGUCGCCCGCGUCUACGCAGACGGCAAAAGCCACCUCAACCACGGGCGCGAAGCGCAAGCAGCCUUCUGCAACCAGUGCGGCCGGACGGAAGAUAGCACGGAAGACUGCACACAGCAUCAUUGAGCGUCGGCGGCGUAGUAAGAUGAACGAAGAAUUCGGCGUCCUCAAGGACAUGAUACCGGCAUGCGAGGGUGUCGAGAUGCACAAGCUGGCCAUCCUGCAGGCUGGUAUCGAGUAUGUCCGCUACUUGGAAGGAUGCAUCUCGCAGAUGAAGAGCGAGAAAGAUCAGGGGCGCAACAAGCAGCCACAACACAUGAGCGACGACGAUGAUGACAGCAUCGAGGACGAAGAAGAUGAAGACGACGAUCUCGUAGAAGACAUGCAGCCGCCCAAGCGCGCCGCCACCACCUCCAGCACCGACUGGCAAUACCGCAAGCCCUCGAUCGCCACCACCGACAGCUCCUCAAACCCGUCCCCCAAUAUCCUCCCACAGGGUCACUAUCGCACGCAACAGCAGCAGCAGCAGCAGCAGUCCACCGCCCAUCGCCCCCUCCUCCCCAACAUCUCCUCCCUCACCAACACCAACACCACCACCAACUCCCCCAACCCGCGCCCCAUGUCCGCCACGCCUACCCCCACCAUGCUCAGCCCGGCCUUCAACGCCAUCCACUUCUCUCCCGACCUCCUCCGCACCGCCACCAAUCCCAAUUCCUCCUCACACAACAGCAGCAUCUCCGCCUCGGUCUCCAACCCAAGUCCCAACAUCCUGCCCCUGCCGCAGGCCAUGAUGACACUGGACCGCAAGAACAACGAUAGCCCCAUGAGCGAGGGCCGCGCCGAAGCCACGGCGACGGCGGCGUUGAUGAUGCUGACGAAUGAUCGGAGACCGGUGGGUGAGGCGCAGGGGCAGUCGCAUGGGCAGGGGAUGAGCCCGGUGGAGAGGUCGUCCAGGGGAAAGGGCAUGAGUGUGAGGGACUUGCUGACUUCGUGA